AAAUUGCAGAACCAAGCACGAGAAUCAGACUGUGGUCGAGCAAUGGCUGCUCCCCUCCCUCCUAGCCUCAAGGGCGGCCUCUCUUCUUCCACCCCCAUCUCACACCAAAGCAUUCCCCCAAAAAUAGAUCGCUAUGAGGCAACAAGGGACGGGAGAUUGCUCCCCUUUCAUCUUUUUUUCGUUUCCCGUCCGCCGUAUCAUGCGGUGCCCAGGCUGGUGGAUUGGUGGCGGCUCAUCGUUUUCCUCCGGCGAGAUUCGGUCCGGGCCGCCGACAACCGGAGAGGCACCCAGAUCCAACAUCAACAGGUGGCAACCCCUAGCGCGGGCAUCAGCCUGUCAAAUUUGGUUGGGCAAAUCACCUCCACAAGUUUUGGUCCCAAGACCAGCGAUUUGGGGAGGAGAAUCAAGCGAGGAAGAAUCGGUGCUCGGUCCUUCGGUGUUCUUGAGGUGGAACAAUUAUGGCUCAACUGUAGUCUAGAUAGGAUAAUCCUUCAAGAUGUUAAAAACCAGUCCCAUCACACCCUUGCACUCAGCACCAAGGAAGGAAUGAGCACUUAUAUGUCUCCAGAAGUUGCUGAUACUAUUCUGGACUGCUUAAGCAAGCAUAAUUUUCCUUCGCCACAUGGCUCUGGGCAUACACAGGAGGAAGAUGCUGAGGAGGAGGCAGGAAGCUUAUUGCCACAUUCCAAUAAUUUCAAACUGUCUUUUGCAUCAAAAAUAAGAUACCUUCUUGAAGGAGCUUCAACAUCACAUUAUUCUUUGUCACCGCCAGCAAAACAAGCAAUCAGGGGUCUUUUCUCUUCCGAAGCAGAGGAUCGUCCGCUAGCCGUUAGCAUAAAAAUUUCUUUGGGAAAGAAGCGCAAGGAUGAUGACUCGGGUUCAUCCACUGCUGUCAUUGGUGCAGUGGCUUGUGUAGCAUUGGUGGCCCUUGUCGGUAGCUUGUGUGGGAUGUGUGACGAAGAGCCAGCAUCACCGUAUGAUCUAGUGGGGGGUGGUGAACUAACAGGUUCUUCCCGUAAGGAUUCCGCCACCCAGAUCGAUGUCAGUAGGCUGGGAGGAUUGACAAACAGUGCAUCUGAGAAACAGCAGCCUGAAUUUACAGUGCCAGUGAUGAGGUUGAAUGUUGAAAAACCAGCCACGAAACUGAAGUCAGUAGGAGCAGCAUCAAUGAAGGCAGAACUAAUGGAGAGACACAGCAGGUUUGCUUCAUACGAAGUAACGACCAUCGCUGGACAGCCGACGGCCAAACCCGAGAAGGCUGCAGUUUCUUCUGCAGGUCCACCUCCGCCACCUCCUCCUCCACUUCCAGGUGCACCAGCACCACCACCUCCUCCUCUAGUUCCAGGUGCACCAGAACCAGCACCAGGUGCACCAGGUGCACCCGCACCACCUCCAAAGCCGGGCGGGCCUCCUCCUCCAGGGCCACCAGCACCUCCUGGUGCAAGGGCUGGAGCAGGACCUGGACCUCCACCUCCACCUCUAAAAGGUGGUGGACCGGGGGGACCUCCGCCACCAGCAAUGCCCGGUGGUCCAAGAAAAGGACCUCCGCCGCUUAAGAAGCCAGGAGCUGCAGCUCCUGUUGCAGACUCUUCGAAAACAAAGUUGAAGCCCUUCUUCUGGGAUAAAGUUACUGCAACAGAUCAAGCAAUGGUGUGGGAUCAAAUUAAAGCAGGAUCCUUCCAGUUUAAUGAGGAGAUGAUCGAAUCUCUUUUUGGUUGCAAACCUGUUGACAAAAGUAAUGAUAGCAAAAAAGAGCCAGCAAAGGAAGCUCCUCAAGUCGUUAGGAUCCUAGAUGCUAAGAAGGCACAGAAUUUAUCAAUAUCACUGAAGGCACUCAGUGUUACAGCUCAAGACGUGCAUACUGCAGUUACAGAAGGGCAUGAUCUCCCAGCCGAUUUGAUAACAACCUUGCUACGGUGGACCCCAACCAGUGAUGAGGAGCUACGGCUUCGGCUGUACACUGGAGAAAUGAGUCAACUUGGUCAAGCGGAGCAAUUCUUGAAGACCAUCAUUGACAUCCCAUACAUUUUCCAGCGCUUGGAGACUUUGCUUUUGAUGGCCAGUUUGACGGAAGAAGCUACAAGUGUGGAGCAGUCAUUCAAAACCCUAGAGGUUGCCUGCGACGAGCUUAGGCACAGCCGUCUUUUCAAGAAGCUACUGGAGGCUGUACUUAAAACUGGCAACCGAAUGAAUGAUGGCACCUUUCGAGGGGGAGCACAGGCGUUCAAACUGGACACCCUCCUGAAGCUGGCUGAUGUCAAGGGGCUCGAUGGCAAGACGACGCUGCUGCAUUUCGUCGUCCAGGAGAUCAUCCGCUCGGAGGGUGUCCGUGCCGCGCGGGCGGCCAAGGAGCAGAACAGCAGUGUCUCCAGCGUGAGCGGCGGCACCGAUGAUCUCUCCGAGGAUGUCGGCGACGACACGGAGCACUACAAGCAGCUUGGCCUCGAAAUGGUGUCCAGCCUGUCUGACGACCUCCAGAAUGUCCGCAAGGCAGCGAUCCUCGACGCGGACGCGCUUACCAUCGCGGUAGCGAGCCUCGGGCACAGGCUGGUGAAGGCGAACGAGUUCUUGAACACGGGCAUUAAGAGCUUGGAGGAGGAGAGCGGGUUCCAACGCAAGUUGGCCCAGUUCGUAGAGAACUCCCAGGCGCAGGUGACCCGCCUGCUGGAGGAGGAGAAGAAGCUCCGCUUGAUGGUGCGCUCCACCGUGGACUACUUCCACGGCAGCAAGGGGAAGGACGAGGGCCUGCGCCUGUUCGUCGUCGUGCGCGACUUCCUGGUGAUACUGGAGAAGGUGUGCAAGGAGGUGAAAGACGCGGCUGCUUUGGCCGCCAAAGCAGCCGCUGCCAACAAGAAACCGGCGGCAGCGGCAGCACCGGCGAAAGGGGGCAAGCAGCCGUCCCAGUCACAGCAAUCCUUCCGCGACCCUCGGCAAGCUCUCAAGCCCGCGAUCCAAGGCCGGAGGGCAAAGCCGGACAGCAGCUCCAGCUCUGAUUCUGACUAACACCUAGCUUUCUAGGCUAGCUACAUCAAUCAUGAUCAUGGCAAGGUACCUCAUGGAUGGCAAGAGCAUACACAUGAAGGAAAGGAGGAGCAGCCUUGACCUCUGCUAUGUAUGUAUAUAUGUCUGUCUGUAUGUAUGUAUCAUUCUGCAUUUCACAUCACACUGUUGUUAGAGCGAUGGGAUGAGAUCCCAGCGUAGGUAGGGUAGUUAAGGGGAUGUGGAUGGUAGGUCAGGUCAAUUGACUGCUUGUAAUCUUACCUUCUGUACUUUUACUUAGUCUUCGCCAACUAAUUAUACA